AUGAGCAAACAGAGCGCAAGGAAAAGACGGGAGGAAGGAAAACUCACGUCCGUCCAGAACGCGACCGCCGGCGGCGCCGAGACCAGCGGGUUCCUUGGAAGGACCGGCCGAGAGGCGAGAGGGAGGAAGGAGGUGACGAUGACGAGGCGCUGCUGCUCGCGCGGAACAGAGGUUGGUUGCAAUGGGAAGGAGACGCCGAGACGCGGCGCGGCGGGGCGGCUUGCUCCUCUGGGUUGGGAGAAGGGCUGGAAGGCGCGGAGGGAGGUGCGGUGCGGCUCUGUUGUUCUUGGGAUGGGUGGAGACAGGGUGGGCGACCAGCGACGCUAUUUAUAG